CUCCAUCUCCCUCUGUCUCUGUUUUUCCUGCUCCUCUCCCUUCCUCUCUGUCUGUCAGUGUCAUUCUGGAGUGGAGAUGUGGAGUGUCUUUCUGUCUCUCUGCCUUUUUUUCCAGCCUAAUUCAGCUGAGGAAGUGAUGCUGCUGGACACAACAGAGACUACCUCAGAGCUGGGCUGGACCACCCAUCCAAAACUAUCUGGGUGGGACGAGGUCAGUGUCCUGGAUGACCGGGGGAAGCUCAUACGGACCUUUGAGGUCUGCAAUGUCAAUCAGAAUUCCCGUCAGCAGGACAGCUGGCUGGCAACACCUUUCCUCCUCCGUCAGUCGGCUCCGCGGAUGUUUGUGACGUUGCGCUUCUCUGUGCGCGACUGUGCCAGUCUGCGGACGCCGUCGCCCACCUGUCGGGAAACCCUCACCCUCUACUACAAGCAGGCCGACUCGCAGGCGGAGUUAAUGAAAACCUGGACCCCAGAGCCAUCUAGCAGUGAUAAAGAGUCGAGGGAGGGCUGGGUGAAGAUCGACACCAUUGCUGCUGAUAAGAGCUUCUCCAAAGUGGAGCCCAGUUCACCUCACCAGUACCAACCCAACCGCUACAGUCGCAUUAACGUUAAAACACGAAGCUUUGCUCCUCUCACACGUGGCGGGUUCGUCUUGGCAAUUGUGGACAGUGGAGCUUGCGUUUCCCUCAUGGGGGUGUCCAUCUUCUACCGGCGUUGUCCAGCCACAAGCCUCCACUUAGCAUCCUACCCGGCGACUCCCUCUGGUGCAGAGCCGACCGCUCUGGUUCCCGUGAUAGGGAGCUGCGUCCCCCACAGCAGAGCGCAGGGCGGGACGCCCCCUCGCAUGCACUGCAAUGCUGAGGGCGAGUGGAUGGUCCCCGUCGGAGGAUGCGUCUGUGACAAAGGAUAUGAGCCAAACGUCAACGGAUCUGCCUGCUUGGCUUGUCCUGUGGGCUACUUCAAGUCUGAGUCUGGCUCCACUCCCUGCUCUGUGUGUCCGUCCAACAGCAGAACCAGCCAGGAGGGAUCGAGUGUGUGCGAAUGUCGCAGUGGCUUUUAUCGUGCAGCCAACGAUGCCAACUCUACCGCCUGCACAACUCCUCCUUCUGCUCCAGUAUCUCUGACAUGGGAGUAUGAAAGCGGCGAUGGAGGAGUCUCCUUAAGAUGGCGUCCCCCAGUGGACAUGGGAGGCCGCACUGAAGUGUGGUACGGGGUAGUUUGUCGCAUUUGCCCUUCGCCCACCUUCAGCAACCCAACCACAUGUUCCUGGUGUGGAGAGGGAGUCACCUUCAGUCCAUCACAGACCAACCUGAAACAGACUAAAGUCACCCUCAACAAUCUGCUGACCAGGGUCACUUAUCUCAUACAGGUGCAAGCAAUGAAUGAGGUUUCAUCUUUGAGUCCUUUUCCGGCUCGAUACACAAGCAUCAAUUUCACCACCAGCCAGUCAGUUCCCAGUACAGUUCCCAUGUUGCACCAGUUGAGCCGAGCCCCAGACUCCAUCACGCUCUCGUGGCCUCAGCCGGACCGACCCAAUGGAGACAUCCUGGAGUACCAGCUACGAUAUUACGACAAGGGUUCAGACGUGGACAGUGCCAUGACGGUGUACAGCGAGACCAACACAGUGACCGUCAACUCCUUGAUUCCCGGCUCUAUCUACGCCUUCCAGAUCCGAGCUCGAAAUGAACGAGGCUACGGCCCAUACAGCAACACCAUCUACUUCACAACGCUGCCCCUCGAGGAGCAUUCACAGCAGAUCCAGAACCGACUUCCUCUGCUCGUUGGCUCAGUGAUGGGCGGGGCAGCGUUUCUCCUCGUGGUGGCAGCAAUCAUUGUUGUGGUUGUAUUUCGCAGCAAGAGGAGAGAGAGUCCUUACAGUGACCGGCUUCAGAGGUACAUCAGUAAUCGUGGUGGUGUUAAGUAUUAUGUGGACCCUUCUACUUAUGAAGACCCCAGUGAGGCUGUUAAAGAAUUUGCCCGUGAAAUAGAGCCUUCUCACAUCAAGAUUGAGGAGGUGAUUGGUGCAGCCCAGUUUGGAGAAGUGUCUCGUGGACGUUACCGUCCUGUGGGCCGCAGAGAAGUGCUGGUGGCUGUGAAGACUCUUCGCUGGGGGGCGUCUGACAGAGAGAAGGGCAUGUUUCUCAGUGAAGCGGGGGUCCUGGGACAAUUUGAUCAUCCCAAUGUGCUGAAGUUGGAGGGGGUUGUCACGCGGACUCCUCCGGAGAGGAUCAUCACAGAGUUUAUGGAGAACGGACCACUGGAUGGUUUCCUCAGGGAAAACGAAGGUCAGUUCAGUGUCCUCCAGCUAGUUGGGAUGCUCAGGGGAGUUGGUGCGGGGAUGCGGUAUCUCUCUGAGAGAAACUUCGUUCACAGAGACCUGGCUGCCAGAAACGUGUUGGUCAACUCCAACCUAGUGUGCAAAGUUUCUGACUUCGGCCUCUCCAGACUCAUGAGGGGUCUGGAUCACAACAUGCCCACAUACACCGCCUCUCUGGGCAGUAAGAUUCCAGUGAGGUGGACCGCACCAGAAGCUUUUCAACAUCGAAAGUUCAGCACAGCCAGUGAUGUCUGGAGCUUUGGCAUACUGAUGUGGGAAGUGAUGUCCUACGGAGAGCGCCCGUACUGGGACAUGAGCAACCAAGAGGUGAUGAAGGCGGUAGCAGAUCAGUAUCGGCUCCCUCCACCUCACAACUGCCCCCCUGCCCUCCACUCCCUGAUGCUUCAGUGCUGGCAGGCAGAACGGGGAGAGCGGCCAGGCUUUGACCAGCUCCUCUCCUCUUUGGAUCGGCUCAUCAGGCACCCUGCCUCCCUCAAGGCCGAGCCAACUCGGAGCUGCUCGCAACCGCUGCUCAGCCCCACGCCCACAGACUUAACGGCAGUGGUGACUGUCGGCGACUGGCUGAAAGCGCUGAGGAUGGAGAGAUAUCAGGAGGAGUUUGAUCGGGCAAACAUAGACACAUUAGACAGAGUCAGCAUACUCACUAUGGAAGAUGUCCAGAACCUUGGUGUGAACCUGUUGGGCCAUCAAAGGAAAAUCUUCAGCGCAGCCCAGCAGCUCAGGGCCCACCUGACGCAGGGCCAGGUGGAGGUCUGAGACCGAAGCCAGAGCACAAUCUGUCCCAGUUUCCACCUCCCCUCACUCUUCCUUUUUAUUUCAUGGGGAACUUUUUAAUCAGAAAUGGAAAAAGAAGCGUCUCUCUGAACUGUAUAUUCUUAUAAAACCUGAUACACCACAGUAACAGAAUGCCCUCCCACUGAAAAAACAGAAGACAGGUGCACCAUGGGAGCUGAAGUCCAGGUCAAACUGAGGUUUGUAAAAUUGCUGAAGAGGGCUUUAACGUUUCUUUUUUCCUGUGCUUUUCACUUCUUUUCUUCAUCAUUCUUUGCCCUUUCUCACUGAGAUUAUAUCCUAUUUCAACCGUUCCAAAUGAAGUAAAACUACAAAAAAAAAAAUCUUAAUAUAAAAGUCAAGGAAAUCUUUCCUCACAAAGAAUUGCGUGAA